ACGGGAGGGGGUGGCCAUAGGCAGGUGUACCCCGGGCCUGCGGUGAGGGUUUCAGAAGACAGGGGACGUGCAGUCUUUCUAGGGAGGGUAAAUGGGAGAAAGGACAAACCAUUCCGGGUGGAGAAUGGGAGAAAGCACGAAUUGGAUUCAGGCUUGUGGAGAAGAUCACUCCUACCCAGAAUCUCCUAAUCUUGAAACUGUCCCCAGGAGGUUCCGAGAUAGCCAAGUGACCUCCUCUUCCCAUCCUCUUUUGAGGGCUUUCAACUUUAAGCCUUAAAUCUGUGGGUCAUGUCAGAGACCCUUCGGUUCUUUUAUUCUCCCAGGAGCUACUUAAUAUGGCACUGUUAUUAACCUAUUUAGUAGGUGUGGAAAUGGAGUCAGAGCUCUUUGGUUAUUUGCCCAAGGUCACAUGGGGGAGUGGGGAGCCAAUGCAAAAAUCUGAGUCUCUGCCUAAUUCUGAACUUUUUUCCAAAGGAUAAAUAGACUUUCUGAUAGGAAAAGCAAUAUUUUCUAUUAUAAAGCCACUUUCUCGAAAAUCUUCAGGAAAUUGAUUCCUCAGACGCGAUCUAGGGAGAAAAGUAAGACAAUUUCCCUUUAUUAAUCAAGGAGUUCCUGAGACACAGCUGAGUUGUUACUUGUUGAAGAUGUCACAGUAUGUGGAGAGGCAGAGCUAUAAAUUCUACCCACGUGUUCUGACCAAAUGAUUUGCUGGAUUCCCCAGGGACAGAGUGCAAUUUCAGGCAAAAGGUGCCAGGUACUUUCCACUGACUCUUAGUGGAUGUGCAGUUGUUGAGCAGUAACACCUUGAACUUCCAAAUGAAAGUCCUGUAGUGUCCUGGCACUCUGAUAGGGGAUUCCUUUGUAGCCUGUACUCCAAAUUGGAGGUGUCCUUCAAAUAAGAGUUUAAAAUUCCUCACCAGUCAUCACAACAGGUAGCAGUGCAGUUUACAAGACCAGGUGUUAACAAAACAAAGAACUGUAGCAUCACACUGCCAUUUCAUUAAAUCAGGCGGCCAGUAUUUGAUGGAAUAUAUUAGAGGGAAACAAAGAUUAUACACUGAACCACUGUAUAAAAUGUAAGAAUUCAGUAAUUAGGGUCCUGAAGUAAGAAGAGGAUAUUUUUUAAAAAGAAAAGAAAAAGAUAAUUGGGGUGAGAGGAUUCCUAGGACUUAGAAGAGUAAUAAAAUCUGGUCAAGCCCUGUUCCAUUCUGUUUCAUUUUAUAAGACUCUCUACCAGCUCUUUGAUGAGGAACUAGAGAACUGUCUAGUGUAAGGGCAUAGGCUGUGGAUCCAGAAAAUCCUGGAUCUGAAUCUUUUUUCCACCAUGACUCCUUACUGGCUCUGAGAAUUUGGGCAAGUUAUUCACCCUAGUUGGAGUGCCUUGGGCUCGGUUUUAAAGUCCGAAGUAGGUCUUCCUUUUCUAAGUAUUGACAAGCAUUUACUGAUACAGUUCCCUCAGAACUUGUAUUCUCAUAUCUUGAAGAGUAGGAGAGGGGAGGGUCUGGGUCUGGAGCCUCCUAAGAAUUGCUUACAGGUAACAUGAGAUCUCUUGCUCUGUCCUUAUAACCUAGGGGGAACUGAAGAAGAGAGCUGGAGCCAUUUCCAUGAUAGAACCAAUCAAGAAGGCUGAAAUGAUGAGUUUUUUAGAUUCUGAAUUCCUUUGGAGGCUAUCCAAAAUAGCAGAUGAUUAGAUGGGGGAAGGAAGCAGAAGAUCCCAAUCACAUGCCUAGGCUAAGGAACAGCAGGAGUGACCAUUAUCUUGGGAUUGGCAGGAAGGAUGUGUGCUUAUGUGUUCUCUACUUUUCCACCUCCUGCAUCCUCCUGGGCUCAUUUGUGUACGGUCAUGGUAUCUUUCAGCCCAUUUUGCAGUUACAGUACAGGUACUCCAGAACAGCCCAUGGAAGCAUCAUAUGAAGAGGUGGUGAUUAAGGUCAUACAGCAGGAGUGGACAUGUUUGGAUUUCCAACAGCUACCCUGCUGGACUGUCAUGGAAGAUAUGCCCAGAAUGUAGCAUUUUUCAAUGUGAUGACAGAAGCCCACCACAAAUAUGAUCACUCUGAGGCUACAGGAUCCUCAAGCUGGGAUUUCCAGAAUUCUUUCAGAAGAGAGAAGCUGGAACAAAAAUCGCCAGAUUCUAAAACACUACAGGAAGAUUCACCUGGAGUGAGACAGAGGGUCUAUGAGUGCCAGGAAUGUGGAAAAUCCUUCAGGCAAAAGGGUAGUCUAACAUUACAUGAGAGAAUCCACACUGGUCAAAAGCCCUUUGAGUGUGCCCAUUGUGGAAAAAGCUUCAGGGCCAAAGGCAAUCUUGUUACACAUCAGCGAAUACACACAGGCGAGAAGCCCUAUCAGUGCAAGGAGUGUGGUAAAAGCUUUAGUCAACGAGGUAGUCUGGCUGUUCAUGAAAGACUCCACACUGGACAGAAACCCUAUGAGUGUGCUAUUUGUCAGAGAAGCUUCAGGAAUCAGAGUAACCUUGCUGUUCAUAGAAGAGUUCACAGUGGUGAGAAGCCCUAUAGAUGUGAUCAGUGUGGAAAAGCCUUCAGUCAGAAAGGAAGCUUAAUUGUUCAUAUCAGAGUCCACACAGGCCUAAAACCCUAUGCCUGCGCACAAUGCAGGAAGAGUUUCCAUACUAGGGGAAAUUGCAUCCUGCAUGGCAAAAUCCACACAGGAGAGACACCAUAUCUGUGUGGUCAAUGUGGGAAAAGCUUCACUCAGAGAGGGAGCCUGGCCGUGCACCAGCGAAGUUGCCCACAAAGGCUCACCCUUUGACCUCUCUUUAUGAAUUAAGAGUACAAAAUCCUCUGAGAUCAAGCAGCCUAUCCAAUUCUAUGGCAUGAUUGGAGACUCAGACCAUCAUUUGGUAGAGCAAACUGACUUUUCUCCUUUCCUCCAAAUGAGUAUGAAAAAUAAAUGUCGUCUUUAUUAUCAUCA